UAAUGAAAGCCGCUCCACGCAUAUAUGAAAAUCAAGAAGGAGAGAAAGUUGAGAAUGCAAAUUUCUUUAUCCAACAAUAUUAUAUUGAAUGCUUGUCUACCUUUUCUUAUUACAUUGAAUCAAAAGGAGAAGCUGCAGUAAUAGAUCCAUUAAGAGAUAUUGAAUAAUAUGUGUAAUAGUAAAUAUUAAUAAUAAGUGAAUUGGCCAAAGAUAGAAAUGCUUAAAUAAAAUGGGUACUUGAAACUCAUUUUCAUGCAGAUUUUGUGAGUGGUCAUCGUGAAUUAGCAGCAGUAACAGGAGCAACAAUAGUGUAUGGUCCAACAGCAAUAGCAAAUUUCCCAAUGAAAUAAGCGAAGGAUGGGGAAUUAUUACCACUUGGAUCUGUAUAGAUAAGAGUAGAUCACACUCCAGGACAUACAAUGGAAUCCAGUUGUUUUGUUUUAGUAAAUAAUGGAAAAGACCAUUCAGUAUAUACAGGAGAUACCUUGUUUUUGGGUGAAGUGGGUAGACCAGAUUUGGCUGUAAAGAGUGGAGAAUUGACAGUUGAAAUGUUGGCUGCAUAUCUAUAUGAUUCAUUAAGAAAUAAGGUUAUGAAAUUAAAUGAUGAUGUAAUUGUAUAUCCUGGACAUGGUGCUGGCUCAUCAUGUGGAAAAGCUAUUGGAGCAGGAAAAUUUUGUACUAUUGGAAUUCAAAAAUAGAAGAAUUAUGCAUUGCAACCUAUGUCAAAGGAAGAUUUCUCUAAAUCAGUUCUAGAAGGAAUGCCUAAGCCACCUUAAUAUUUUUUCCAUGAUGCAAAACUUGUAUUUAUAUUUAUAUCAUCAAAUCUAGAAUAAAAGUGGACCAACAGAUAUCACUGUUUUAUUAAAUGAAGUUUAAAAAGCAUUGACUUUUGAAUAAUUUAUGGGUUAUGUGAAAUCAGGUGCUACUAUCCUAGACACUAGACCAAAUGUUGCUGAAGGAAUUAUUGAUGGAGCUAUUAAUAUUACAUUUAUGUCAGGAUUAGUUAAUUUUGUUGGAGCUGUCAUCAAACCAGAUACUAAAUUAGUAAUUAUAGCCAACCAAGGUGAAGCUUAAGAUACAAUACUUAGAUUAUUAAGAAUUGGAUAUGAUAAUAUUUUAGGUUAUUUGUAAGGUGGAUUUGAAGUUUAUAAAAAUAAUGGAGGAGGUUUAGCAACAACUGUUAAAUUAGUCAGUCUCGUUGAAUUUUGUGAUGUCAAAGUUGAUACAGGUAUUAUAAUUUUAUUUAUAAAUAGAAAAACACGUCUUCUUAGAUGUACGAGGACCAGGAGAACAUAAAGAAACUGGUUUUAUUAAAGGAGCUAUUAGAGUUCCUUUACCUGAAGUGGAAGCUAAUCUUGCUAAAAUUCCUAAAGAUAAGAUUGUUCAUGUUUAUUGUAAAACAGGAGGAAGAGCAAAAAUUGCCAUGAGUCUUCUUGUUAAAAAUGGUUACAAGAAUUUAGUAAUUACAUAAGAAGGUGGUUUCCCUUCAAUGAAAGAAAAAUAAUUGGUGGAAGUUGAAAAUAUUUGA